AUGCUCAUGACAAGCAAUGUUGAGACCAUGACCCUUGAUGAAAACUUCUCGGACCUUAGAACGGUCAAUGUCGUAGCCCGCGCGAGGCUGGCCGGGCCUCGUCGCCUCGACACCAAGCUGCUGGCGUCCAGGCUGAGAAACUCCCAGUACGGGGGAGAUCUCACCAACGCUCGCUCUGUGACCCUGCGCUUCCCGCUGCACUCCACCGUCGUCAAGGUGUACGAGAGCGGCAGCAUGGUCGUGGUCGGAGCUCGCUCCGCCUCCUCCGCCCGCUCCACUCUGAGGGCAGUAGCCAGAAGGAUCCAGAGGGUCCUCAGGGACGUGAGGGGCCUCGAGGGCUUCCGAGUCGUGCACACGGUCUGGAGCUUCAAGAUGAGGAGGGCAAUAGACCGGGUGAGGACGUACGAGCGGUUGUGCGAGCGGUUCUUCCCCUCCUAUGAGCCGGAGAUCAACACCGCCCUGACCGUACCUCUUGAGGACCUCAGAGUGAAAGCGUGUCUUCACAAGUGGAGCGGGGCGGUCUUCGGAGUGAAGCGAGAUCGCGACGCGUACCUAGCCUUGCAGCUGAUCGCGCCCCUGCUGGUCUACGUGGGCGAGUGA